AUGACGAUGAUGAUGAUGGCGAUGAUGAUAAUGAUGAUGGUGAUGUUGACAUUUUACACCAUGUACAUCGCAUCUUUUAGUUUGAUGACCGUCUCCAUUGGUAUACAAACGGGUCAAACAGCUGGAGCGUAUGAGGUAUGCAUUGCGUUCAACGUCGUUGAAUUAAUUUACAAUAUCUUGCUGAAAUUGCAACUAUCACUAGAGACUCUGAGGAUACAUUUGUUUCAUGAAAAUCUUAUUGGAUACGUUAAAGCAUUACUCAUGAUCAUAUUCUUGAAUCUAUGGGUGAUGAAGACCUUUCUUGUUAUAAUUGUUCUAAGUUUCUACUGCGAGAAAUUGUACAAAGCUAUGGGCGAAAUUCAGAACACCUGCGUAUAUAUUUUGCUAUCAAAUUCUUCAGAUGCAGGAAAGGAGUUAUGUAAAAAUGUUCAACGUCUGCAUCGAGCUUCCUACACCAAGUUGAACGUCUGUGGAAUGUUCUACAUCGAUGCUUCAUUCGCAUUGAGAUUAAUUGCUAUAGUUGGAAAUUAUGCUCUAAUUUUAUUUAACACUGUCAGCUUCUUUAUGCAAGUCCUAAUGAGCUGGCAAGUCUUGCUCGAUAUGGGGAGAUUCUUUAACAGUGAUUUUGUCAUGCCGAUAAAGCACAAAAUUUGUGUGCACUCAUUUUGCAAUCUAAGUGCUCAGUUCCACAUAAUGGUAUGGCUGGCGGCCGUCUGCUUUUGGCUAACGAGAAGAACAGUAUUCAUAGUUCUGUUAUGCACGCUUUGUGAGAAGUAUUACAUGACUAUCAGUGAUGCAGAUGCUUAUUGCAGCUGUUUGUUAAACCGUUUCCAAGAAACUGCACCGGUCACGGUGGAACAUAAAGCGGCGGUGUACUCUCCAUUGUCUGAGCACCGCUGUUUUGUCAGGGAAGCGAUCGGCGGCGGCUACCUCUCACCCGGUCUAAGUCGUGGCCGCAUUGUGGAGCAGUCAAGCUCUUUCUCCAGAACACUUAUGCUCGCAAAGAAGGAGGCGGAGCGCGUGAGAAAAGUACCAUCUUCUUUGCGUAUCCUCUAUAUGCCCUAG